AUGGUCGUGGACGUAGACGUGGACGUGGACGUGGACGUGGACGUGGACAUGGUCGUGGAUGUGGACGUGGACGUGGACGUGGACGUGGACGUGGACGUGGACGUAGACGUAGACGUGGACGUGGACCUGGUCGUGGACGUGGACGUGGACGUCGACGUGGACGUGGACAUGGUAGACGUGGACGUGGACGUGGACGUGGUCGUGGACGUGGACGUGGACGUGGUCGUGGACGUGGACGUGGACUUGGACGUGGACGUGGACGUGGACGUGGACGUGGACGUGGACGUGGUCGUGGACGUGAACGUGGACGUGGACGUGGACGUGGAGGUGGACGUGGACGUGGACGUGGACGUGGACGUGGACUUGGACGUGGACGUGGACGUGGACGUGGACGUGGACAUGGACAUGAACGUGGACGUGAUCGUGGACGUGGACGUGGACGUGGACAUGGACGUGGACGUGGACGUGGACGUGGACGUGGAGGUGGACGUGGACGUGGACAUAGACGUGGUCGUAGACGUGGACGUGGACGUGGACGUGGUCGUGGACGUGGACGUGGACGUGGUCGUGGACGUGGACGUGGACUUGGACGUGGACGUGGACGUGGACGUGGACGUGGACGUGGACGUGGUCGUGGACGUGAACGUGGACGUGGACGUGGACGUGGAGGUGGACGUGGACGUGGACGUGGACGUGGACGUGGACUUGGACGUGGACGUGGACGUGGACGUGGACGUGGACAUGGACAUGAACGUGGACGUGAUCGUGGACGUGGACGUGGACGUGGACAUGGACGUGGACGUGGACGUGGACGUGGACGUGGAGGUGGACGUGGACGUGGACAUAGACGUGGUCGUGGACGUGGACGUGGACGUGGACGUGGACGUGGACGUGGACGUGAACGUGGACGUGGUCGUGGACGUGGACGUGGACGUGGACGUGGACGUGGACGUGGACAUAGACGUGGUCGUGGACUUGGACGUGGACGUGGUCGUGGACGUGGACGUGGACUUGGACGUGGACGUGGACGUGGACGUGGACGUGGACGUACACGUGGACGUGGACGUGGACGUACACGUGGACGUGGACGUGGACAUGGACGUGGACGUAGACGAGGACGUGGACGAGGACGUGGACGUGGACAUGGACAUGGACAUGGACCUGGACGUGGACGUGGACGUGGACAUGGACCUGGACGUGGACGUGGACAUGGACAUGGACGUGGACGUGGACGUGGACGUGGACGUGGACGUGGACGUGGACAUGGACGUGGACGUGGACGUGGACGUGGUCGUGGACGUGGACGUGGACAUGUACGUGGACAUGGACGUGAACGUGGACGUGGACGUGGACGUGGACGUGGACGUGGACGUGGACGUGGACGUGGACAUGGACGUGGAUGUGGACAUGGACGUGGACGUGGACGUGAACGUGGACGUGGACGUGAACGUGGACGUGGACCUGGACAUGGACGUGGACGUGGACGUGGACGUGGUCGUGGACGUGGACGUGGACGUGGACGUGGACGUGGUCGUGGACGUGGACGUGGACGUGGACUUGGACGUGGACGUGGACGUAGACGUGGACUUGGACAUUGUCGUGGACGUGGUCGUGGACGUGGACAUGGUCGUGGACGUGGACGUGGACGUGGACGUGGACUUGGACAUGGACGUGGACGUGGACGUGGACAUGGACGUGGACGUGGACAUGGACGUGGACGUGGACGUGGACGUGGUCGUGGACGUGGACGUGGACGUGGACGUGGACAUGGACCUGGACGUGGACGUGGACAUGGACAUGGACGUGGACGUGGACGUGGAUAUGGACGUGGACGUGAACGUGGACGUGGACAUGGACGUGGACGUGGACGUGGACGUGGUCGUGGACAUGGACGUGGUCGUGGACAUGGUCGUAGACGUGGACGUGGACGUGGACGUGGUCGUGGACGUGGACGUGGACGUGGUCGUGGACGUGGACGUGGACUUGGACGUGGACGUGGACGUGGACGUGGACGUGGACGUGGACGUGGUCGUGGACGUGAACGUGGACGUGGACGUGGACGUGGAGGUGGACGUGGACGUGGACGUGGACGUGGACGUGGACUUGGACGUGGACGUGGACGUGGACGUGGACGUGGACAUGGACAUGAACGUGGACGUGAUCGUGGACGUGGACGUGGACGUGGACAUGGACGUGGACGUGGACGUGGACGUGGACGUGGAGGUGGACGUGGACGUGGACAUAGACGUGGUCGUGGACGUGGACGUGGACGUGGACGUGGACGUGGACGUGGACGUGAACGUGGACGUGGUCGUGGACGUGGACGUGGACGUGGACGUGGACGUGGACGUGGACAUAGACGUGGUCGUGGACUUGGACGUGGACGUGGUCGUGGACGUGGACGUGGACUUGGACGUGGACGUGGACGUGGACGUGGACGUGGACGUGGACGUACACGUGGACGUGGACGUGGACGUACACGUGGACGUGGACGUGGACAUGGACGUGGACGUAGACGAGGACGUGGACGAGGACGUGGACGUGGACAUGGACAUGGACAUGGACCUGGACGUGGACGUGGACGUGGACAUGGACCUGGACGUGGACGUGGACAUGGACAUGGACGUGGACGUGGACGUGGACGUGGACGUGGACGUGGACGUGGACAUGGACGUGGACGUGGACGUGGACGUGGUCGUGGACGUGGACGUGGACAUGUACGUGGACAUGGACGUGAACGUGGACGUGGACGUGGACGUGGACGUGGACGUGGACGUGGACGUGGACAUGGACGUGGAUGUGGACAUGGACGUGGACGUGGACGUGAACGUGGACGUGGACGUGAACGUGGACGUGGACCUGGACAUGGACGUGGACGUGGACGUGGACGUGGUCGUGGACGUGGACGUGGACGUGGACGUGGACGUGGUCGUGGACGUGGACGUGGACGUGGACUUGGACGUGGACGUGGACGUAGACGUGGACUUGGACAUUGUCGUGGACGUGGUCGUGGACGUGGACAUGGUCGUGGACGUGGACGUGGACGUGGACGUGGACUUGGACAUGGACGUGGACGUGGACGUGGACAUGGACGUGGACGUGGACAUGGACGUGGACGUGGACGUGGACGUGGUCGUGGACGUGGACGUGGACGUGGACGUGGACAUGGACCUGGACGUGGACGUGGACAUGGACAUGGACGUGGACGUGGACGUGGAUAUGGACGUGGACGUGAACGUGGACGUGGACAUGGACGUGGACGUGGACGUGGACGUGGUCGUGGACAUGGACGUGGUCGUGGACAUGGUCGUGGACGUGGACGUGGACGUGGACGUUGACGUGGACAUGGACGUGGACGUGGACGUGGACGUGGACAUGGACCUGGACGUGGACGUGGACAUGGACAUGGACGUGGACGUGGACGUGGACGUGGACGUGGACGUGAACGUGGACGUGGACGUGGACGUGGUCGUGGACGUGGACGUGGACGUGGACGUGGUCGUGGACGUGGACGUGGACAUGGACGUGGACGUGGACAUGAACGUGGACGUGGACGUGGACGUGGACAUGGACGUGGACGUGGACAUGGACGUGGACGUGGACGUGGACAUGGACGUGGACGUGGACGAGAACGUGGACGUGGACGUGGACCUGGACGUGGACGUGGACGUGGACGUGGACGUGGACAUGGACGUGAACGUGGACGAGAACGUGGACGUGGACGUGGACCUGGACGUGGACGUGGACGUGUACGUGGACGUGGAUGUGGACGUGGACGUGGACGUGGACGUGGACGUGGACGUGGACAUGGACGUGAACGUGGACGUGGUCGUGGACGUGGACGUGGACGUGGACGUGGACGUGGAUGUGGACGUGGAGGUGGAUGUGGACGUGGACAUAGACGUGGUCGUGGACUUGGACGUGGACGUGGUCGUGGACGUGGACGUGGACUUGGACGUGGACGUGGACGUGGACAUGGACGUGGACGUGGACGUACACGUGGACGUGGACGUGGACGUACACGUGGACGUGGACGUGGACAUGGACGUGGACGUGGACGAGGACGUGGACGAGGACGUCGACGUGGACAUGGACAUGGACAUGGACCUGGACGUGGACGUGGACGUGGACAUGGACCUGGACGUGGACGUGGACAUGGACAUGGACGUGGACGUGGACGUGGACGUGGACGUGGACAUGGACGUGGACGUGGACGUGGACGUGGACGUGGACAUGGUCGUGGACGUGGACGUGGACGUGGACGUGGACGUGGACGUGGACAUGGAUGUGGACGUGGACGUGGACGUGGACGUGGACAUGGUCGUGGACGUGGACAUGGACGUGGACGUGGACAUGGACGUGGACGUGGACGAGAACGUGGACGUGGACGUGAACGUGGACGUGGUCGUGGACGUGGACGUGGAGGUAGUGGACGUGGACAUAGACGUGGUCGUGGACAUGGACAUGGACGUGGACGUGGACGUGGACGUGGACGUGGACAUGGACGUGGACGUGGAGGUAGACGUGGACGUGGACAUAGACGUGGUCGUGGACAUGGACAUGGACGUGGACGUGGACGUGGACGUGGACGUGGACAUGGACGUGGACGUGGACGUGGUCGUGGACAUGGACAUGGACGUAGACGUGGACGAGAACGUGGACGUGGACGUAGACGUGGACGUGGACAUAGACGUGGUCGUGGACAUGGACAUGGACGUGGACGUGGACGUGGACGUGGACGUGGACAUGGACGUGGACGUGGACGUGGUCGUGGACGUGGACGUGGACAUGGACGUGGACAUGGACGUGAACGUGGACGUGGACGUGGACGUGGACGUGGACAUGGACGUGGACGUGGACAUGGACGUGGACGUGGACGUGAACGUGGACGUGGACGUGAACGUGGACGUGGACCUGGACGUGGACGUGGACGUGGACGUGGACGUGGUCGUGGACGUGGACGUGGACGUGGACGUGGACGUGGUCGUGGACGUGGACGUGGACGUGGACGUGGACUUGGACGUGGACGUGGACGUAGACGUGGACUUGGACAUUGUCGUGGACGUGGACGUGGACGUGGACGUGGACAUGGUCGUGGACGUGGACAUGGACGUGGACGUGGACAUGGACGUGGACGUGGACGAGAACGUGGACGUGGACGUAGACGUGGACGUGGACAUAGACGUGGUCGUGGACAUGGACAUGGACGUGGACGUGGACGUGGACGUGGACGUGGACAUGGACGUGGACGUGGACGUGGUCGUGGACGUGGACGUGGACAUGGACGUGGACAUGGACGUGAACGUGGACGUGGACGUGGACGUGGACAUGGACGUGGACGUGGACAUGGACGUGGACGUGGACGUGGACGUGAACGUGGACGUGGACGUGAACGUGGACGUGGACCUGGACGUGGACGUGGACGUGGACGUGGACGUGGUCGUGGACGUGGACGUGGACGUGGACGUGGACGUGGUCGUGGACGUGGACGUGGACGUGGACGUGGACUUGGACGUGGACGUGGACGUAGACGUGGACUUGGACAUUGUCGUGGACGUGGUCGUGGACGUCGACAUGGUCGUGGACGUGGACGUAGACGUGGACGUGGACGUGGACUUGGACUUGGACGUGCACGUGGACGUGGACGUGGACGUGGACGUGGACAUGGACGUGGACGUGGACGUGGACGUGGACGUGGUCGUGGACGUGGACAUGGACGUGGACAUGGACGUGGACGUGGACGUGGACAUGGACAUGGACGUGGACGUGGACGUGGACAUGGACGUGGACGUGAACGUGGACGUGGACAUGGACGUGGACGUGGACGUGGACGUGGUCGUGGACUUGGACAUGGUCGUGGACGUGGUCGUGGUCGUGGACGUGGACGUGGACGUGGACGUGGACGUGGACAUGGACGUGGACGUGGACGUGGACGUGGACAUGGACAUGGACGUGGACGUGGACGUGGACGUGGACGUGGACGUGGACGUGGACGUGAACGUGGAUGUGGACGUGGACGUGGUCGUGGACGUGGACGUGGACGUGGACGUGGAGGUGGUCGUGGACGUGGACGUGGACAUGGACGUGGACGUGGACGUGAACGUGGACGUGGACGUGGACGUGGACAUGGACGUGGACGUGGACAUGGACGUGGACGUGGACGAGAACGUGGACGUGGACAUGGACGUGGACGUGGACGUGGACGUGGUCGUGGACGUGGUCGUGGACAUGGACGUGGACGUGGACGUGGUCGUGGACGUGGACAUGGUCGUGGACGUGGUCGUGGACGUGGACGUGGACGUGGACGUGGACGUGGACUUGGACGUGGACGUGGACGUGGACGUGGACGUUGACUUGGACGUGGACGUGGACGUGGACGUGGACGUGGUCGUGGACGUGGACGUGGACGUGGACGUGGACGUGGACGUGGACAUGGACGUGGACGUGGACGUGGACGUGGACGUGGACAUGGUCGUGGACGUGAACAUGGACGUGGACGUGGACGUGGACGUGGACGUGGACCUGGACGUGGACGUGGACGUGGACGUGGACGUGGACGUGGACCUGGACGUGGACGUGGACCGGGACGUGGACGUGGACGUGGACGUGGUCGUGGAGGUGGACGUGGACGUGGACGUGGACGUGGACGUGGACCUGGACGUGGACCUGGACGUGGACCUGGACGUGGACGUGGACGUGGUCGUGGAGGUGGAGGUGGACGUGGACGUGGACGUGGACCUGGACGUGGACCUGGACGUGGACGUGGACGUGGACGUGGACUUGGACGUGGACGUGGACGUGGACGUGGACAUGGUGGACGUGGACGUGGACGUGGACGUGGACAUGGUCGUGGAGGUGGAGGUGGACGUGGACGUGGACGUGGACGUGGACGUGGACGUGGAGGUGGACGUGGACGUGGACGUGGACGUGGACCUAGACGUGGACGUGGACGUGGACGUGGACGUGGACGUGGACGUGGACGUGGACUUGGACGUGGACGUGGACGUGGACUUGGACGUGGACGUGGACGUGGACGUGGACAUGGAAGUGGACGUGGACGUGGACGUGGACAUGGUCGUGGAGGUGGACGUGGACGUCGACGUGGACGUGGACGUGGACGUGUACGUGGACGUGGACGUGGACGUGGACGUGGACCUGGACGUGGACCUGGACGUGGACCUGGACGUGGACCUGGACGUGGACGUGGACGUGGACGUGGACGUGGACGUGGACGUGGACGUGGACGUGGACGUGGACGUGGACGUGGACGUGGACUUGGACGUGGACGUGGACGUGGACGUGAACAUGGAGGUGGACGUGGACGUGGACGUGGUCGUGGAGGUGGACGUGGAGGUGGACGUGGAGGUGGACGUGUACGUCGACGUGUACGUGGACGUGGACGUGGACGUGGACGUGGAUGACGUGGACGAGGACGUGGACAUGGACAUGGACGUGGACAUGGACCUGGACGUGGACGUGGACGUGAACAUGGACCUGGACGUGGACGUGGACAUGGACAUGGACGUGGACGUGGACGUGGACAUGGACGUGGACGUGGACGUGGACGUGGACGUGGUCGUGGACGUGGACGUGGACAUGGACGUGGACGUGGACGUGGACGUGGACGUGGACGUGGACGUGGACAUGGACGUGGACGUGGACAUUGACGUGGACGUGGACGUGAACGUAAACGUGGACGUGAACGUGGACGUGGACCUGGACAUGGACGUGGACGUGGACGUGGACGUGGUCGUGGACGUGGGCGUGGACGUGGACGUGGACGUGGUCGUGGACGUGGACGUGGACGUGGACUUGGACGUAGACGUGGACGUAGACGUGGACUUGGACAUUGUCGUGGACGUGGUCGUGGACGUGGACAUGGUCGUGGACGUGGACGUGGACGUGGACGUGGACGUGGACGUGGACGUGGACAUGGACGUGGACGUGGACGUGGACGUGGUCGUGGACGUGGACGUGAACGUAGACGUGGACGUGGUCGUGGACGUGGACGUAGACGUGGACGUGGACGUGGUCGUGGACGUGGACAUGGACGUGGACGUGGACGUGAACGUGGACGUGGACGUGGACGUGGACAUGGACGUGGACGUGGACAUGGACGUGGACGUGGACGAGAACGUGGACGUGGACAUGGACGUGGACCUGGACGUGGACGUGGUCGUGGACGUGGUCGUGGACGUGGACGUGGACGUGGACGUGGUCGUGGACGUGGACGUGGACGUGGACUUGGACGUGGACGUAGACGUGGACUUGGACAUGGUCGUGGACGUGGUCGUGGACGUGAACAUGGUCGUGGACGUGGACGUCGACGUGGACUUGGACGUGGACGUGGACGUGGACGUGGACGUGGACUUGGACGUGGACGUGGACGUGGACGUGGACAUGGUCGUGGACGUGGACGUGGACGUGGACGUGGACGUGGACGUGGACGUGGACGUGGACCUGGUCGUGGACGUGGACAUGGACGUGGACGUGGACGUGGACGUGGACGUGGACCUGGACGUGGACGUGGACGUGGACGUGGACGUGGACGUGGACGUGGACGUGGACGUGGUCGUGGAGGUGGACGUGGACGUGGACGUGGACGUGGACCUGGACGUGGACGUGGACGUGGACGUGGACGUGGACUUGGACGUGGACGUGGACGUGGACGUGGACAUGGACGUGGACGUGGACGUGGACGUGGACGUGGACGUGGACGUGGACGUGGUCGUGGAGGUGGACGUGGACGUGGACCUGGACGUGGACGUGGACGUGGACGUGGACGUGGUCGUGGAGGUGGACGUGGACGUGGACGUGGACGUGGACGUGGACCUGGACCUGGACGUGGACCUGGACGUGGACGUAUACGUGGACGUGGACUUGGACGUGGACGUGGACGUGGACGUGGACGUGAACGUGGACGUGGACGUGGACAUGGUCGUGGAGGUGGACGUGGACGUGGACGUGGACGUGGACGUGGACGUGGACGUGGACACGUGGACGUGGUCGUGGACGUGGACGUGGACGUGGACGUGGACGUGGACGUGGACACGUGGACGUGGACGUGGACGUGGACACGUGGACGUGGACGUGGACGUGGACGUGGACGUGGACGUGGACGUGGACGUGGACGUGGUCGUGGACGUGGACGUGGACGUGGACGUGGUCGUGGACGUGGACGUGGACGUGGACGUGGACGUGGACGUGGACCUGGACGUGGACGUGGACGUGGACCUGGACCUGGACGUGGACGUGGACGUGGACGUGGACGUGGACAUGGACGUGGACGUGGACGUGGACGUGGACGUGGACAUGGUCGUGGACGUGGACAUGGACGUGGACGUGGACGUGGACGUGGACGUGGACCUGGACGUGGACGUGGACGUGGACGUGGACCUGGACGUGGACGUGGACGUGGACGUGGACGUGGACCUGGACGUGGACGUGGACGUGGACGUGGACGUGGUCGUGGAGGUGGACGUGGACGUGGACGUGGACGUGGACGUGGACCUGGACGUGGACGUGGACGUGGACGUGGACGUGGACGUGGACGUGGACCUGGACGUGGACGUGGACGUGGACGUGGACGUGGACGUGGUCGUGGAGGUGGACGUGGACGUGGACGUGGACGUGGACGUGGACCUGGACCUGGACAUGGACGUGGACGUGGAAGUGGACGUGGACGUGGACAUGGUCGUGGACGUGGACAUGGACGUGGACGUGGACGUGGACGUGGACGUGGACGUGGACCUGGACGUGGACGUGGACGUGGACGUGGACGUGGACGUGGUCGUGGAGGUGGACGUGGACGUGGACGUGGACGUGGACGAGGACGUGGACGUGGUCGUGGACGUGGACGUGGACGUGGACGUGGACGUGGACCUGGACGUGGACGUGGACGUGGACGUGGACGUGGACGUAGACGUGGACGUGGACAUGAACCUGGACGUGGACGUGGACGUGGACGUGGACGUGGACGUGGUCGUGGACUUGGACAUGGUCGUGGACGUGGUCGUGGACGUGGACAUGGUCGUGGACGUGGACGUGGACGUGGACGUGGACGUGGACGUGGACAUGGACGUGGACGUGGACGUGGACGUGGACAUGGACCUGGAGGUGGACGUGGACAUGGACAUGGACGUGGACGUGGACGUGGAGGUGGACGUGGACGUGGACGUGAACGUGGACGUGGACGUGGACGUGAACGUGGACGUGGACGUGGACGUGGUCGUGGACGUGGACGUGGACGUGGACGUGAACGUGGACGUGGACAUGGACGUGGACGUGGACGAGGACGUGGACGUGGACGUGGACGUGGACGUGGUCGUGGACGUGGACGUGGACGUGGACGUGGACGUGGACUUGGACGUGGACGUGGACGUGGACGUGGACGUGGACUUGGACGUGGACGUGGACGUGGACGUGGACGUUGACUUGGACGUGGACGUGGACGUGGACGUGGACGUGGACGUGGUCGUGGACGUGGACGUGGACGUGGACGUGGACGUGGACGUGGACAUGGACGUGGACGUGGACGUGGACGUGGACGUGGACAUGGUCGUGGACGUGAACCGGGACGUGGACGUGGACGUGGACGUGGACGUGGACAUGGACCUGGACGUGGACGUGGACAUGGACAUGGACGUGGACGUGGACGUGGACGUGGACGUGGACAUGGACGUGGACGUGGACGUGGACGUGGACGUGGACAUGGUCGUGGACGUGGACGUGGACGUGGACGUGGACGUGGACGUGGACAUGGAUGUGGACGUGGACGUGGACGUGGACGUGGACAUGGUCGUGGACGUGGACAUGGACGUGGACGUGGACAUGGACGUGGACGUGGACGAGAACGUGGACGUGGACGUGAACGUGGACGUGGUCGUGGACGUGGACGUGGAGGUAGUGGACGUGGACAUAGACGUGGUCGUGGACAUGGACAUGGACGUGGACGUGGACGUGGACGUGGACAUGGACGUGGACGUGGAGGUAGACGUGGACGUGGACAUAGACGUGGUCGUGGACAUGGACAUGGACGUGGACGUGGACGUGGACGUGGACGUGGACAUGGACGUGGACGUGGACGUGGUCGUAGACGUGGACGUGGACAUAGACGUGGUCGUGGACAUGGACAUGGACGUGGACGUGGACGUGGACGUGGACGUGGACAUGGACGUGGACGUGGACGUGGUCGUGGACGUGGACGUGGACAUGGACGUGGACAUGGACGUGAACGUGGACGUGGACGUGGACGUGGACGUGGACAUGGACGUGGACGUGGACAUGGACGUGGACGUGGACGUGAACGUGGACGUGGACGUGAACGUGGACGUGGACCUGGACGUGGACGUGGACGUGGACGUGGACGUGGUCGUGGACGUGGACGUGGACGUGGACGUGGACGUGGUCGUGGACGUGGACGUGGACGUGGACGUGGACUUGGACGUGGACGUGGACGUAGACGUGGACUUGGACAUUGUCGUGGACGUGGACGUGGACGUGGACAUGGUCGUGGACGUGGACAUGGACGUGGACGUGGACAUGGACGUGGACGUGGACGAGAACGUGGACGUGGACGUAGACGUGGACGUGGACAUAGACGUGGUCGUGGACAUGGACAUGGACGUGGACGUGGACGUGGACGUGGACGUGGACAUGGACGUGGACGUGGACGUGGUCGUGGACGUGGACGUGGACAUGGACGUGGACAUGGACGUGAACGUGGACGUGGACGUGGACGUGGACGUGGACAUGGACGUGGACGUGGACAUGGACGUGGACGUGGACGUGAACGUGGACGUGGACGUGAACGUGGACGUGGACCUGGACGUGGACGUGGACGUGGACGUGGACGUGGUCGUGGACGUGGACGUGGACGUGGACGUGGACGUGGUCGUGGACGUGGACGUGGACGUGGACGUGGACUUGGACGUGGACGUGGACGUAGACGUGGACUUGGACAUUGUCGUGGACGUGGUCGUGGACGUCGACAUGGUCGUGGACGUGGACGUAGACGUGGACGUGGACGUGGACUUGGACUUGGACGUGGACGUGGACGUGGACGUGGACGUGGACGUGGACAUGGACGUGGACGUGGACGUGGACGUGGACGUGGUCGUGGACGUGGACAUGGACGUGGACAUGGACGUGGACGUGGACGUGGACAUGGACAUGGACGUGGACGUGGACGUGGACAUGGACGUGGACGUGAACGUGGACGUGGACAUGGACGUGGACGUGGACGUGGACGUGGUCGUGGACUUGGACAUGGUCGUGGACGUGGUCGUGGUCGUGGACGUGGACGUGGACGUGGUCGUGGACGUGGACAUGGACGUGGACGUGGACGUGGACGUGGACAUGGACAUGGACGUGGACGUGGACGUGGACGUGGACGUGGACGUGAACGUGGAUGUGAACGUGGACGUGGUCGUGGACGUGGACGUGGACGUGGACGUGGAGGUGGUCGUGGACGUGGACGUGGACAUGGACGUGGACGUGGACGUGAACGUGGACGUGGACGUGGACGUGGACAUGGACGUGGACGUGGACAUGGACGUGGACGUGGACGAGAACGUGGACGUGGACAUGGACGUGGACGUGGACGUGGACGUGGUCGUGGACGUGGUCGUGGACAUGGACGUGGACGUGGACGUGGUCGUGGACGUGGACAUGGUCGUGGACGUGGUCGUGGACGUGGACGUGGACGUGGACGUGGACGUGGACUUGGACGUGGACGUGGACGUGGACGUGGACGUUGACUUGGACGUGGACGUGGACGUGGACGUGGACGUGGUCGUGGACGUGGACGUGGACGUGGACGUGGACGUGGACGUGGACGUGGACGUGGACGUGGACGUGGACGUGGACAUGGUCGUGGACGUGAACAUGGACGUGGACGUGGACGUGGACGUGGACGUGGACCUGGACGUGGACGUGGACGUGGACGUGGACGUGGACGUGGACCUGGACGUGGACGUGGACCGGGACGUGGACGUGGACGUGGACGUGGUCGUGGAGGUGGACGUGGACGUGGACGUGGACGUGGACGUGGACCUGGACGUGGACCUGGACGUGGACCUGGACGUGGACGUGGACGUGGUCGUGGAGGUGGAGGUGGACGUGGACGUGGACGUGGACCUGGACGUGGACCUGGACGUGGACGUGGACGUGGACGUGGACUUGGACGUGGACGUGGACGUGGACGUGGACAUGGUGGACGUGGACGUGGACGUGGACGUGGACAUGGUCGUGGAGGUGGAGGUGGACGUGGACGUGGACGUGGACGUGGACGUGGACGUGGAGGUGGACGUGGACGUGGACGUGGACGUGGACCUGGACGUGGACGUGGACGUGGACGUGGACGUGGACGUGGACGUGGACGUGGACUUGGACGUGGACGUGGACGUGGACUUGGACGUGGACGUGGACGUGGACGUGGACAUGGAAGUGGACGUGGACGUGGACGUGGACAUGGUCGUGGAGGUGGACGUGGACGUGGACGUGGACGUGGACGUGGACGUGUACGUGGACGUGGACGUGGACGUGGACGUGGACCUGGACGUGGACCUGGACGUGGACCUGGACGUGGACCUGGACGUGGACGUGGACGUGGACGUGGACGUGGAGGUGGACGUGGACGUGGACGUGGACGUGGACGUGGACGUGGACGUGGACUUGGACGUGGACGUGGACGUGGACGUGAACAUGGAGGUGGACGUGGACGUGGACGUGGUCGUGGAGGUGGAAGUGGAGGUGGACGUGGAGGUGGACGUGUACGUCGACGUGUACGUGGACGUGGACGUGGACGUGGACGUGGAUGACGUGGACGAGGACGUGGACAUGGACAUGGACGUGGACAUGGACCUGGACGUGGACGUGGACGUGAACAUGGACCUGGACGUGGACGUGGACAUGGACAUGGACGUGGACGUGGACGUGGACAUGGACGUGGACGUGGACGUGGACGUGGACGUGGUCGUGGACGUGGACGUGGACAUGGACGUGGACGUGGACGUGGACGUGGACGUGGACGUGGACGUGGACGUGGACAUGGACGUGGACGUGGACAUUGACGUGGACGUGGACGUGAACGUGGACGUGGACGUGAACGUGGACGUGGACCUGGACAUGGACGUGGACGUGGACGUGGACGUGGUCGUGGACGUGGGCGUGGACGUGGACGUGGACGUGGUCGUGGACGUGGACGUGGACGUGGACUUGGACGUAGACGUGGACGUAGACGUGGACUUGGACAUUGUCGUGGACGUGGUCGUGGACGUGGACAUGGUCGUGGACGUGGACGUGGACGUGGACGUGGACGUGGACGUGGACGUGGACAUGGACGUGGACGUGGACGUGGACGUGGUCGUGGACGUGGACGUGAACGUAGACGUGGACGUGGUCGUGGACGUGGACGUAGACGUGGACGUGGACGUGGUCGUGGACGUGGACAUGGACGUGGACGUGGACGUGAACGUGGACGUGGACGUGGACGUGGACAUGGACGUGGACGUGGACAUGGACGUGGACGUGGACGAGAACGUGGACGUGGACAUGGACGUGGACCUGGACGUGGACGUGGUCGUGGACGUGGUCGUGGACGUGGACGUGGACGUGGACGUGGUCGUGGACGUGGACGUGGACGUGGACUUGGACGUGGACGUAGACGUGGACUUGGACAUGGUCGUGGACGUGGUCGUGGACGUGAACAUGGUCGUGGACGUGGACGUCGACGUGGACUUGGACGUGGACGUGGACGUGGACGUGGACGUGGACUUGGACGUGGACGUGGACGUGGACGUGGACAUGGUCGUGGACGUGGACGUGGACGUGGACGUGGACGUGGACGUGGACGUGGACGUGGACCUGGUCGUGGACGUGGACAUGGACGUGGACGUGGACGUGGACGUGGACCUGGACGUGGACGUGGACGUGGACGUGGACGUGGACGUGGACGUGGACGUGGUCGUGGAGGUGGACGUGGACGUGGACGUGGACGUGGACCUGGACGUGGACGUGGACGUGGACGUGGACGUGGACUUGGACGUGGACGUGGACGUGGACGUGGACAUGGACGUGGACGUGGACGUGGACGUGGACGUGGACGUGGACGUGGUCGUGGAGGUGGACGUGGACGUGGACGUGGACGUGGACGUGGACACGUGGACGUGGACGUGGACGUG